AUGAAUUUCAACAGAGAUUCCGAGACCAUCAAAAUCAGAGGACGCACCGUGUUCAUCAGCAGCGGAGAUGAGUCUCUCGGUGAGAGGCUAACGAAGCUCCCAGGGAGAAUAGGAAGCCCCCUUACCAUCACCUCAACCUCCAGGCACCACGCCAGGAACCCCAGACGCCCGACCACGAAAUACACCACAUACUUCUGCGUGCUUCGCGGUGUUCAUCGUAUGAUCAGCGAAGAGGACGUAAAAGACGCACUUGAAGUGCGCGGCCCAGAGGCGGUUAAAGUCUGGAGAAUCAUCUCCAGGCAGACUAACAAACCAACAUCGCUGAUACGCAUAUUCUCCCUGUCGGACAGAGUUAUCGCCGAGCUCCUUCAGAAGGGACUGAAGAUACUUGGCGAAAUAAUCUGCGCGGAGGCCUCCCAUCCGCCCCUGGACCAGCCAACGCAGUGCAGCAGAUGCCUGCAAUUCCAUGGCCUCACCACCCCGUGCGAGCGGGAACCAGCUUGUGGCCUUUUUUCCGGAGAGCACGCCACCAGCAAGUGUCAGCAGCAGGAGCCGCAGAUCAAGUGUGCCAACUGCGGAGGAGACCACGCAGCCUUCAGCCACAGCUGCCCGAGACGCCCAAAGGCCCUUCGCUCCCGAGCUGGCAGCACCAAUCAAGUGCCGCGACCGAGCUCAUCAACAACCUGCUCGCCACCGAGAGCGUCGGCAUCCUGGCCAUCCAGGAAAUAUUAA